AUGAAUAUUGCCAAAGUGGAACUGCCGGAAAACACACGGUUUUUAUGGUAUUACAGUCCUACAAAAGACCCAAUUGCUUGGAUGCUUGAAGGUGUAGGAGAAUCACUGGUAUUCAAUCACUCAAAAGCUGAAGGAAAUGGACUACUCAAUCUCACAGUGAUUUACCCGAAUGGAGUCCGAGAAUCCAUUGCUCGAUCUCUAUGGGAGCAUGAGGAGUUGGAGGUUAAUGCUUUUGCCAACGAGGUGUUACUGGAUCGAGGUCUCCGAGACUACAAAGUCGCUCUCAGCGAAGGAGAUAAUUUUGUGUUUAAGUGCGUUUUCCGUGGAAGUCUAACGAAUCUCAAAAUAAUUCUUCCUGAUGCAAUGGAAUGUAAAGACCAAUUUCUUGAUGCCAACGCCGAAUCAAUUUCUGUUUGCUGUACCAAUCUUCGUUUCCGGAAGGGACAAUAUGGCUGUGAAGGUCAAAAUGACUCUGAUACCACUGGCAGUACUUACAUGGCAUAUUAUAUGAGGGAAGGAUAG